AUGGGUAUCGGGAAAUAUCGGGGAUAUCGGCAAAAUAUCGGGGAUAUCGCACUUAUCGAGGAUAUAUCAUAUAUCGGUGUAUCGGCCGAUAUUUCAAUCCUUGUUCAUGAGAGGGCGCAAGGCACAUUCCCAAGCCAACCCGAAAUUAAUCCUCGAAAUGUUGAGCACGUCAAGUCUAUUAGAACUCUGAGAAGUGGCAAGUCAUAUGAUAGACGAGAAGAAGCCAUGACAAGUGCUGGAAAAGAAGAUGAAGGUAGAGAAGAAACUAAAGGACUACUUCCAGCACCUACCCAAGGCAAACCAUGCGAUUCCGAAAGAACCUCUAAUGAUGAUCAAAUCGCCCCUGUCAAAGAAAGGAUUUAUGUUCCCCCACUUCCGUUUCCAGCAGCCCAACGAGUCCAUAAACGAAAGAAAGAUCAAAUGGAUAUUUUGGAGAUUUUCAAAAAGAGUGCAGUGAGUUUUACAAUUCCUUGCAUUAUUGGUGAUGUUCAAUUUGAUAAAGCAUUUUUAGAUUUAGGCUCAAGCAUUAACCUUAUGCCUUUGACUAUUUUUCAAAGAUUAGGAAUUGGAGAGCUCAAGAGCACUUCCGUUUCUCUUCAACUUGCGGACAGAUCAGUCACAUAUCCAAAAGGAAUCAUUGAAGAUGUGCUGAUCAAAGUGAAGCAAUUUGUGUUGCCGGCUGAUUUCCUAGUUCUUGAUAUGGAGGAAGACUGCAACAUCCCACUCUUGCUAGGCCGUCCCUUCCUUGCAACAGCUGGUACAUUAAUUGAUGUGCAACAAGGAACUUUAACUUUGAGAGUUCAAGGGGAAUCCGUUGAGUUUAAGGUGUUUGAAGCUGUUAAAAAACAGAGGGACUUGGAAGAGUGCAGUCGUAUAGAUCUCCUUGACCCAAUUGUACAUGUCAACUACUUGGAAAACACCUCUACAGAUGUCUUGAAAGCCAAGUUGGCACCCCCAUCCAUACGUGAAACGCAGGGGCUUUUCUCUUGGACGUGCUGGAAUUUAUCAAUGUUGUAUCAAAAGCUUUUCCAAGAUGAGCCGGCUCUUGUGGCAUUUCCUUGCCAAGGAUCACACCAAGACAUUACAUGA